CAAUAUCCUCCCCUUUCACUCCCUUUCUUUUUUCUUUUUUCUUUAAUGAUUAAAUCCCCUCCCCCUUUUAUUUUAUUAUUUUUCAAUUUAAUUUCCUUUUAUUUUUGGCCUCAAAUUCCUCGAGUUUUUAUUUUUGGGUAUUUAAUGGGGAAGAAGUUCAAAUGUUUUGCCGAUUACUGAGACCAGAGAUACUCUCGGAAAAACAAAUCCCAAUCCCCAAAACCCAAGGCAAUACUCAUGGAUUAUUCCCUUCAGUACGUUACCUCCGACUUCUCGCCGGAAUCCUCCUUCGGCUCGCCGGAGACUCCCUCGUGGGGCGAAUUCCUCCUCAACGCCCACAGUUCUCUCCCCUUCAACGUGAACGACUCCGAGGAGAUGCUCCUCUUCGACGUCCUAGCCGAGGGCGCCAGAGACUCGUCGGAGACGGCCUCCUCCGCCGGAAUAAAGGACGAGGAGGUCACCUCCCACGCAAAAGAAGAAAAGGAACCCCAAAAGGAAAAGAAUUACAGGGGAGUUCGGCGGCGGCCGUGGGGAAAGUUCGCGGCGGAGAUAAGAGACUCGACGCGACACGGCAUCAGGGUGUGGCUGGGAACCUUCGACAGCGCCGAGGCGGCGGCGCUGGCCUACGACCAGGCCGCAUUCGCCAUGCGCGGCUCCAUGGCGGUGCUCAAUUUUCCGGUGGAGAGGGUUAGAGAGUCGCUGAGAGAGUUGAAUUGCGGGUGCGAAGACGGGGACUCCCCCGUUGUGGCGCUGAAGAGGAAACACUCCAUGAGGCGAAAAUCCGCCGGCAAGAAAAGCAAAGCGUUAGAAAAUGUGGUGGUGCUGGAGGAUUUGGGUGCUGAUUACUUGGAGCAGCUGUUGUGUUCAUCUGAACAGAGUGGUGCUUGAUGAUUCAAUAUUUUGAUUGAUCUAUCGUGUUCCAAAAUCCAAACCCAGAGCUAGCUCUAAUUUCUUUCUCAACUUUUGGGUUGGGUAUUUUGGUUUCUUUCUUUUCUUUUCUAGCUGAGGUUUUAUUAGAUUUUGGGGUUCGUUUUUAAUUCUACAGUGUGUAACAGAGCCAUAUCCCAUCGUGGAGUCGCGGAUCCUUUUCUUGUGGAGAUGUGAGGGGGAAGUAUCGGUGGGCUUUUCUUCUUCUAUCCAUUUUCUAAAAAUUUUCUCCUUUAAAAAUCCUCUUUGUUUCUUUGUAUAAAGUUGUAAAGUCCUCAGUACAAAGUUUGCAGUGGCUUGUGUCCCCUCUGAUCAA